GACGCUGCCAGUGUGACGUAUAAUCUAGUGGACGGGACGCUCCUUCAACAACAACAGUUAGACACCUCGGUAGCUUUCUAGCAAACAUAGCUACAACAUUCACUCUCUUUACACUGUUUUGGUGUACAUUCGUCGCUGUGUAUUAAACACACUUCUGUCGUAUGUACGUGUUGGCCCAUUUAAUUAUAUAUUUACGUGGUUUGUCAGCUAGCUGGUUUGCUAAAUUAGCUUAGAACUAGGCUAGUCGCUAAUGCUAGCUAGCGAACAUCUCCGACCAUGAGUUCACUAAGCUGCUCUCCUCCUGAUAAAGAAGAGGAGGUCUUCUGGACGGAGAAAGAAGUUCUCCUGAAAGAGGAGGAGGAAGAGAAGGAUGUUACAAUACAAAAACAAGUAGAGGGUGAGGCUGUUCCCGUGAAAGAAGAGAAAGACGUUUCAGUGAAAGAAAAGGAAGACUCGUUCAGAGUGAAAGAGGAGGAGGAUGUUACAGUAAAAGAAGAGGAAGCGGAGAGAGAGGAGGAUGCAGUUUUUGGAGUGAAAGAGGGGGAGGGGGAGAUGACUGUCACAUCGAAAAAGGAGGAGGAGGACGAAGAGGAGGAAACUGGACAUCUGGGCCUGGUUUCCCAAACGCAUCUUAAGGCAUCCUAUGGUUCUAACGGUGAACUCAGCCGUAAGAUGGUUUUGAGAAACUGGGCCGUGAUUAACACUAGAGAGAGACGUGACUAUCGUGGAUCCUCUGGGGAGCCUCAACAACAUCAUGAAGCUGACGAGGCAGAGAAGAGUCCCUCCCGAUCAGAACACCUCAAAAAACACCAGUGGAGACCAACAGGGAAGAAAUCUCACUGCUGCUCUGACUGUGGGAAGAGUUACUUAAGAUCAAAUUCACUAAAAGUACACAUGAGAAUUCACACUGGAGAGAAACCUUAUGGCUGUGAUCAAUGUGGAAAGAGUUUUACUACAUCUAGCCAUCGGAUUGUACACCAGAGAACACACACAGGAGACAAAUCUUAUAGCUGUGAUCAUUGUGGGAAGAGUUUUACUCAGUCAAGCAGCCUGUUAUCUCACCAGAGAACACACACAGGAGAGAAACUUUAUAGCUGUGAUCAAUGUGGAAAGAGUUUUACUACAUCUAGCCAUCUGUCUAUACACCAGAGAACACACACAGGAGACAAAUCUUAUAGCUGUGGUCAAUGUGGGAAGAGUUUUACUCAGUCAAGCAGCCUGUUAUCUCACCAGAGAACACACACAGGAGAGAAACUUUAUAGCUGUGAUCAAUGUGGAAAGAGUUUUAUUACAUCUAGCCAUCUGUCUAUACACCAGAGAACACACACAGGAGACAAAUCUUAUAGCUGUGAUCAAUGUGGGAAGAGUUUUACUCAGUCAAGCAGCCUGUUAUCUCACCAGAGAACACACACAGGAGAGAAACCUUACAGCUGGAAAAUCCAGGCUCUGAAUUGAAAGAGUGAUAUUUAUAUGAUAUAACAGAAAGUGACUAACACAAAAAGAUCUGUGUUACACUUACAGCAUUGGUGACCCACUGGAAUCAAAAUGUAGCUAGAUGUUUUCUACAAGUUGUCCUCUAACCAGUGAUGUACACAUUAUUCCCAGAUUCCAUGUGGUUUUUGAGCUGUUAGUUUUAACAGGACAACCUCAUCUCCCCUUUCGCACAAAUGAUUUCAACAUGAUAUCGAUGAGUGAUGAAAAAUAAGUGUUGCGUUCCUUUGUUUAACGACCUCUAAAUGUAAAUGCAUCUCUCCAAAAUGUAGCUGACUGUCUUCUGCACGUUGUCCUCUAACCAGGGAGGUAAAAUAUAUCUCCCAUUUCCAUGUGUUUUUUUAGUUGUGUUAGUUACCAGUAAUAUGAUUGUUGUUGCAGAUGUUUGUGCAGAUGGUACAUUUUAUGUUUAGGUUUUCAAUAUCACAAAUGGUUUCUGCAUAUUGGUUAUUGAUUUGGACACAUUAAAGCUGUGUUUUGACAUUGGGCUGAACCACCUAGCUAAAUGUCAUUGAAAAGACGUUGAAAAGAAGACUAUACCCAACGUCCAAUAUAAGUUUGGUUUUAAAUAUUUAUUUUCAGGCUGUUGUUAAUAAUGACUUGAAAACAACUUAAUUUCAAUGUUCGUGCAGUUUAGACACAUUGACUGUUGUGGAAAAUAUUGAAUCAACUAUUUCACCAAAACCAGAACCUGUGAAUUCAACUAGACUUUAUUACAAACAGUAACAAAGCUGAACAAUUC